GUGGAUUAUUAGUUGCAGUUCAAACUUUCAUCGCAGUAGGCGCCUUGGCGUGUUUGUUUCUCGAGCAGAGUUCGUGGCUAACUGGGAUUUGCAGAGCAGUUCGUCAAACUGGGGAACUGCAUCGAGAGCGUUGCCGUGCUCCAGUCCAAAUUGUCCAAGCCUGGCCAGAUGACUCCGGUGUUGUAUUACUUGCCGCCGUCGCCUCCGUGUCGAGCGGUUCUCCUGCUGGCCCGGAUGAUUGGAGUUGAGCUGGAGUACAAGAUGCUGAACGUUAUGGAGGGCGAGCAGCUGAAGCCGGAGUUUGUCGAGCUGAAUCCGCAGCACACGAUUCCGACGCUGGACGACCACGGACUGGUGCUGUGGGAAAGCCGCGUAAUCCUGGCCUACCUGGUGUCGGCCUACGGCAAGGACGAAAGCCUCUACCCGAAAGAUUUCCGCUCGCGUGCCAUGGUGGACCAGCGGCUGCACUUCGAUCUGGGAACCCUGUACCAACGCGUCGUGGACUACUACUUCCCCACCAUCAUGGUCGGUGCCCAUCUGGAUCAAACGAAGAAGGCCAAACUGGCCGAGGCCCUGGGGUGGUUCGACGCGAUGCUCAAACAGUACCAGUGGGCGGCGGCCAACCACUUUACGAUAGCGGAUGUAACGCUGUGCGUUACGGUUUCGCAGAUCGAAGCGUUCGAGUUCGAUUUGCACCCGUACCCGAAGGUGCGGGCGUGGCUGGCCAAGUGCAAGGAGGAACUGGAACCGCAUGGGUAUCAGGAUAUCAAUCAAACCGGAGCGGAGACUUUGGCUGGUCUGUUCCGGAGAGAAACCAUGGAUUUCUACUACCUGCCAGGAUCUGCUCCGUGCCGUGCCGUCCAGAUGACGGCGGCCGCCGUUGGCGUGGAGCUGAACCUCAAGCUCACCAACCUGAUGGCCGGUGAGCACAUGAAGCCCGAGUUCCUCAAGCUCAACCCCCAACACUGCAUCCCCACCCUGGUGGACAACGGUUUCUCCCUGUGGGAGUCCCGGGCCAUCAUGGGCUACCUGGCCGAAAAGUACGGCAAGGACGACAAACUGUACCCCAAGGACCCCCAGAAGCGUGCCGUCGUGAACCAGCGGUUGUACUUCGACCAGGGUACGCUGUACCAGCGCUUCGCCGACUACUUCUACCCGCAGGUCUUCGCCAAGCAGGCCCCCGUUCCGGACAACGAGAAGAAGAUGCUGGACGCGCUGGACUUUUUGAACACCUUCCUCAAGGAUUCGAAGUUCGUUGCGGGUGAUGAGCUGACCAUUGCCGAUCUGAGCAUCUUGGCGACGGUUUCCUCGUACGAUGUGGCCAAGGUCGAUCUGAGCAAGUACCCGAACGUGGCCAGCUGGUACGCCAGGUUGCGCAAGGAAGCUCCCGGAGCGGACGUGAACGAAGCCGGCUGCAAGGAGUUUGCCAAGUACUUCGAGAAGUAGGGGGGCGGGUGUUUGAAUUUGUUAAGUUCGUGAAUAAAGUUUUUUUGAGUUGUUGAAUCACUAAAA